AUGGCUGGCAAUCCUGGUGGCUGUUCCUUUGAUGAGCACUACAGCAACUGUGGUUACAGCGUGGCCCUGGGGACCAAUGGGUUCUCCUGGGAGCAGAUCAACACAUGGGAAAAGCCAAUGCUGGACCCUGCCGUGCCCACAGGGUCCUUCAUGAUGGUGAACAGCUCUGGCAGGGCCUCUGGCCAGAAGGCUCACCUGCUCCUGCCCACCCUGAAGGAGAACGACACUCACUGCAUCGACUUCCAUUACUACUUCUCCAGCCGAGACAGAUCCAGCCCGGGGGCCCUGAACGUCUAUGUGAAGGUGAAUGGAGGGCCCCAGGGGAACCCUGUCUGGAACGUGUCUGGAGUCAUCACUGAGGGUUGGGUGAAGGCGGAGCUUGCGAUCAGCACCUUCUGGCCGCAUUUCUACCAGGUGAUAUUUGAAUCCGUCUCUUUGAAGGGUCAUCCUGGCUACAUCGCUGUGGACGAGGUCCGGGUCCUCGCUCAUCCAUGCAGAAAGGCACCUCACUUUCUGCGGCUCCAAAAUGUCGAGGUGAACGUGGGGCAGAAUGCCACAUUUCAGUGCAUUGCUGGUGGAAAGUGGUCUCAGCAUGACAAGCUUUGGCUCCAGCAGUGGAACGGCAGAGACACAGCUCUGAUGGUCACCCGCGUGGUCAACCACAGACGCUUCUCAGCGACCGUCAGCGUGGCGGACACUGCCCAGCGCAGCGUCAGCAAGUACCGCUGCGUGAUCCGCUCCGACGGGGGCUCUGGCGUGUCCAACUAUGCGGAGCUGAUCGUGAAAGAGCCUCCUACACCCAUCGCCCCCCCAGAAUUGCUUGCUGUGGGAGCCACCUACCUGUGGAUCAAGCCAAAUGCCAACUCCAUUAUCGGCGAUGGUCCCAUCAUCCUAAAGGAGGUGGAGUAUCGCACCACCACAGGCACCUGGGCUGAGACCCACAUCGUUGACUCCCCCAACUAUAAGCUGUGGCAUCUGGACCCCGACGUGGAGUACGAGAUCCGAGUGCUGCUCACACGCCCUGGCGAGGGGGGCACGGGACCACCUGGGCCUCCCCUCACCACCAGGACCAAGUGUGCAGGGAAACCAUUCAUUGUCUGGGACUUGUCUCAGUGGGUGUUCUAG